AUGAAGCGCGCAAGCACCAUUAGUUAUUCGAUCGAAAUCAGUUUCCGUUUCAUAGGCCUGUGGCCGGAUUUAUCUUACGCGAGUUUCUAUUGGUUGAGCUACAUAACGUCGAUAGGAAUAGUGCAAUAUUAUCAAUACGCGUAUAUAAUCGCGCAUUUUACAUUGGACGAUCUUUGGCUCCUGAUGGACUGUCUCAGUCUUACCUUGGGAUAUACUCUCGCCUGUGUUAAGCUUUGUGUUUUAUGGCGGAAUCGUGGAAUAUUUCAUAAUAUUGUGAGAGCAAUGGAGCAAGAUUGGAAAGAAUGCGCUGUCAACGAUUCGUACGUGUCCACGAUGACGAGCAUGAGUGAUCUGGCUCAACGUUUUUCCAAUGUACUGUUCGCCAUCUACGCUUUUUCCACUUUUUUCCUUACGAUAGGCGAGCACAUGCUGCAGUCGGUAGACGACGCCAAUCGGAUGAACAAUCAUUCGCGAGAACUUCCCAUAAAAAUGGAAUUACCUUUCGAAGUUAGCAACUCGCCGAUCUUCGAGUGUUUUUUAGUCAUACAGUUUAUAUACGACUUGAUAAUAGCCUCCGUAGUUGGUUUUAUAAACGCGAUGCUCGUCAGCCUAAUACUUCAUGUAAGCGGCCAAAUCGAUAUCUUACGACAAAACUUGGUCGACAUUUCCAACGGCAAAUACAAUCGCGGUACAUUUUUGAUCGUCAUCAGAAACAUUAUUCACAAGCAUCAGAGAAUCAUCACCUUAUCCGAAAAUAUCGAAAAUCUGUACACACACAUCGCGCUGAUACAACUGUUGUGGAACACCUUGGUUAUUUGUUGCACCGGUUUUGUGAUUAUAACCACCAUCAGUAGCGGAAAGGACGCAACAGGUUUGAUCAAGUCUGUGAGUUAUUACGUGGCGAUAACACUAGAAGCUUUCAUAUUCUGCUUCGCCGGAGAAUAUUUGAGCGCCAAGAGUAAGUCGAUCGGUGAUGCAGUAUACGAUUCACUUUGGUACGACAUGCCGUCGAGUGACAGUCGCAUUUUAUUCUUCAUGAUGGUGAGAUGCCAAAAACGACUGACGAUCACUGCGGGAAGAGUCGUUGAUUUAACUCUAGAAGGAUUUACAAAUAUUAUGAAAGCUUCUGUAUCUUACGUAUCGGUGUUAAAUGCGAUGUAUUAA